GCCGGCCCGGCCUGGCUCUUGGUAGAGCUCAGGUACUUAGGCCGCGCUAGGACCCAGGGGAAGCGCCUCCGCUCCCGGUACCCGUCCCGCACUAGGACCCCGCGGAGCUCUGCCGGCAGGCAGGAGAAGACACAGCAUGGCCGGGCCGAGUGGCCGGAUGGAGCCUGAGCUGGAGCCGCGCGCGGGCCGCCUCUUCAGCCCCGCUGAGCUGCUGGCAGUUCGGACGCGUGACCGCAAGGUUCCUCAGCACUCACACGGACAGAAGGACUUCAUCCCCGAUAGCUCGGAAGAGCAGGCAGAGAAGCUGCACCGGUGCCGGGAGGAGCACUGGCAGCUCCUGGCAGAGGAGCGCGUGGAGAGGCUGGGAAGUUUGGUGAAAGCUGAAUGGAAGCCACGAGAGGGCAUCGUGGAGCUGAAAUCCCCUGCGGGGAAGUUCUGGCACACUAUGGGGUUCACAGAGCAUGGCAAACAGUGCCUGCUGCCAGAGGAAGCCCUCUAUCUACUGGAAUGCGGCUCUGUUCAGCUCUUUUACAGGGACCUGCCCUUGUCCAUACAAGAAGCCUAUGAGACCCUGCUGUCCCAAGGGACGGUGAGCCUGCUGCAGUAUCAGGUGUUCAGCCACUUGAAGAGACUGGGUUACAUUGUGCUGAGAUUCUGCCCCAGUGCUGUCCCAUCUCAAUACGAGAGGCAGCUGAACCUGGACAGUUAUUGCAAGAGCUCUGGAAAACGCCAUCACAAAAGGAAGAGGAGUUCCAGCCCCUGGUUACAAGACAAGAAACUGAAGGCAUCUGGGAAUCCUCCAGAAGGUGAAGGGACCCCAGAAAAAGCCAGUGACCGCUGUGGUGGUCCCAGUCACCCAGCCUCUGGGGGGAGCUGUUUGUCAGAGAAGUCGAAAGAACCAGAUCCUGCCAGUGGAGAGGGGGAGUCAGCCCAAGUUCCCACUGAUGCAGUACAACUCGGCAAGCCCCCCAGUUGCUCACAGUCUCAGGCUGGAGACUAUGGGAAGGCUGCUGGGGACAGCUGCAGUGGCACCCACCUGCCCCGCUGGGACUUCACCAGAAUCGCCUUCCCCAACAUGGCUUCUGACUGCCCACACACCUUCCUGCCACAGCCUGACGAGAGACUGCUCCCGGAGAACAUAGCUGGGCGGGAGGCCGACGUCACCCGCUGGCGCAAACUGGUCAACCUGAAGCGUGAGAAGUUGUCACGGAAGGAGCGGGAGCAGCGGGAGAGGGAGAGCAGAUACAAGAGCAGUGUCAAUGCGGACAGGGAGGUGAGGCGCUGCUCCAAUUGGCAGGAAUACAAGGAGCUUUUGAAGCAGAGGAGCCAGCGGAGGGCAGGGAGGUGGCCUUCGCACUUGUGGGACCAGCCUGUCACUCCACUGGUGAAGCCGGAUCAAGUGGCCUCAGCAGCUGCUGUCCUCCAGCAGAUCAGUGUGCUGCAGCCUUCCCACAUCCUGGAUGGAGCCUCCCGGCUGCAGGAGGAUAUGGAGGGCAUGAAGAUAGACUUCAGUGUGUAUCAAGCAGAUGCAGUUGCCAACUUCAAGAAGAACAACCCCGGGAAGCCGUAUGCCAGGAUGUGUGUGCGGAGAUUUGACGAGCAGAUCCCAUCCCUGCGGGCAGUGAAGCAGCUUGCCUAUCAGAGUGAGGAUGUCCCAGUGGUCUUUGCACUGGUGGACAAUGGAGACAUUGCUUUUUACUCUUUCAAGGAGUUCAAGCUGCCUGUUGAUAUUUAUCACUGAAGUUACCAUCCCUUGGAGAAAUGGCUUUGGAGCAAAGGGUGAGGGACUUUACUCAAGACUUAAUUUCCUGAUUCAUGGACUAUUAUAUCAAAUAGAAUCUCUGAUAACUAGUCUGCAUGCAGGAGGGAUAACCAUCUUAUCCACUGCUACAGGCCUCAGCCAGCUAGGAACUAGCUCAUUCGUAAAAGCAAGAUACACUUCAAACAAACAAGCACCUAGCUGGAGGUGCACUGCUUUGUUCUUUAAGCCACUGGUUCUCCAGCUCUUACUGUCCUACGGACCACUUCCCCAUGACAUUUUCUCAGUCCUUGUGGGCCUUGUCAACAAACUUCACUGGAGAUCCACGCAC